UUGUAUUAUGAAUUGGAAAUUCAAGUCUAGUCUAUUAUCUAAUCGCUCACUGUUCAUGUAAAUACUCUAGCCAAGUUGUUCUGUCAUUGGAAUCAUGGUCCUCGGUGGUAUCUCAGUCCCAACACCAACACUCCCUAUCCCAAGCACGCCCAUGACUGGAGAACAUGAGUACUCUUGAUCCUUCAACUCAUGAGAUACCGUCCCCCAACACCGUCCAGUUCGUCGACCAUCUGGUCUCGCAGCUUCAAGACUACACCACGGCCACCACCACUGACCCCGAUGGGAAUGACUACUCUGGCUCCUUACGACACCCACGUCUUGUGCAAAAUGCGUCUGCUUUCCCGCGUGCUCUCGCAUCUCGUAUGCCUCAAGUGAAACAGCUGAUGCUAACCCUCCACUGCCUCUUUCCCAAUGAACUCCUUCUUGCGCUGGAUAUUCUGGACCGGGGUCUGGUGAGACGAUAUCAGGUUGAACAUCAGCAUCAACAUCAACAAGACUGUCAUCGUCAUCAGGCUGUAAAUGAAACAGCGACAGACUCGGAGUCUCCUGAUAAUGCCCUACACGAUAGACAGGAGGCCCAAAGCCCAGGGAAUACACCACUCUCAGACGGUGUCUUCUUCGUGAUCUCCACCUCCUCCCCCGGACCGUCACUCACACCCGACACAAGGUCUCGUGUCCCGUGCACGGGACAAAAAGGCUACGAAGUCCGACUGCAUGCAUGGAACUGCAGCUGCCCGAUCUUCGCCCUAGCAGCGUAUCGUGACCCAGGGCCUGAGGACACCCACUCUCACCUGCCCCCGUCGCCAACAACAGCACCAACGCACCAGUCCAACAGCAGCAGACCGUGCUCAUUCGGCGGCGCCUUGACACACGGCGCGACGAAACUGACACCGCCCGUCUGCAAACACCUUCUGGCUUGUUUUUUGGCUGCGCGUUGUCCGGGGGUUUUUGACGGCGAGGUUUCUUCUGCGUCGUCGGUUACCGUUCUUACGGAGGAUGAACUGGCUUGUUGGUGUGCGGGCUGGGGGGAGUGACUCUUUUUGCUGUGGGUUUCCGGUUGAGGAUGCAUUCGUUGUCAUUCCUACUCAUAAUCAUACAUAUGUUUUAAAAUGAU